UUGAUUGGUAUGGACCCCGCACUUCAGUCUCAAAUUGAUCAGGCCAUGAUAGACUUGGACAAAACAGAAAACAAGCUUCCGCUUUACAAACACAUUUAUGAUCUUCAUGGAAAAACCAACCUGACUCUUCCUGUCCCUGCUUUCACUAUCAUAAGUGGUGGAAAACAUGCUGGGAACAAUCUAGCCGUUCAGGUUUGUUUUCAGGCUGUGGAUGAUGACUUGUUGAUGUCAAAUCUAAAACGUAUUGGGAGAACAUUACAUGAGUCCAGUUGCAAUGCACUUCUUCUCAAGAUUGAGGAAGAACUGGGCGACCAAGUAGUUUAUGCAGGUGAAGAUUGGAGGCCAACCUGAUCAGUCCUGCAAAGUUUUCCAUCUCCCCGCCAUCCAUAAUCUACUUCUCAUUGUUGGUGGCUUGAAAAGUGAAACUCCCUUCGUAUUGAGCAACUAGCAUUCUAGAGCAAUGUUGCAAGUCUUUCUUCUGGCUUUGUGUGAGCGUGUCCCCACCCCAUUUUCUGGAGAGCAUGGAGAUUAUUUGAGAAACAUACUUGGAACAGCAAAAGUUUUUAACAGAUUUUGGUUUCAGGUAAUUGCAAACACAAAAUUCGUUUCCGAUCCAUAGUGCAAAUGGCCUUCUUAUCCUUUUUAAUUCCUUAAACUCCAGUUUGUGCUUCACGGAUGAUACAAGAUCCUUCUAUCGACUUGUUCCAGUUCAUUUACUCCCAGUGGCUUGUAUGCAUAUCCAUUACCUGCUGUUAAAUCAAAGAUUUUGAUCCAGUGCCAGUAGAAGCUGAUAAAAUCUCAAGGUUGGCACUCGAAAGUGGAAAAAAGAAAGAUGAUGUGUUAACUGCUUUAUGUUGUUUAGAGUACGAUAUGGCCUGUAUCAUUUGAAAGAAAUUAUUGCGUCAUUGUUCGAUAGAAACAUCCACCAUUGCAUUUAACUUUUGAACUGCAACGACACUGAACCUUUAUUUUUGUUUUUGUU